GCGUCGAGAGGCGCCCGGGCCGGCCGCCAUCUUGGCGCGCGAGGAGCGGGCACGGCGCCGCUGCCGCGGGUCCCUGAGGCCGCAGCGCGGCGGGGAGAGCGCUCCGGUGGGGCACUGACCGCGGGAAAACAGCCAGAGAAACCACAGACGGGGCCGGUAGCACUACGAGUGGAAGGGAAGACUUCUUGAUGAGUUAUAGUAAUAACGAGCUUCCCAGAGGUAGAAUGAAAGGUGUGAGGCAAUCCCCUAAGCUUCUAGAAGAGCAUUUCACAGAACCACAGAGAAAUGGUGGUUUGUGUCAUGUGUCAAAAGCUGUCAGUGCAGAAGUGUUGCAUGGUGAUGGGAAGGAUGAAGACACUGAUUUGUUUUGUUUCUCUUCUCCAGAAAGCAUAAUGGACUUUAGGCUUGGCCUGUGUGGCAGCAGCUCAGAAAGAGAAGCAAGGCCCUUCAGUCACAAUGCCAAAGAGAAAAUUGUUCAGCACCCAUUUUCUUCUAAUGGUGGACUGAGUGAUGGAUCAGCUCUAGCUCCAUCAUCUGACAUGACCUCUCCUCAGGAGAACAACACAGGGCAAGAUAUUGAUGAAGCUUUGGGCGUAGCUGUUAGUAAUCUUGGCCACUUCCGUGAUGCAAGCAAGGUGCUGGAAUACUUGGAUUUGAAAGUAAAGCAUAAAAAAGACAAAGUUACAGAAGCUGCAGAUAGAGCACUGGAUGACCUUAUUGCUCUUCUGUCAAGGAAAAGGAAGUUGUUUUCAGACUUAAAGGAGAACAUCGACAACUACACUUCUAGUAUUGCAAAAGCUAAGGAAAUGAUUGAAGAGAAGAAGAAGCACUUGAUUGGUGCCAUUAGGACAGCAAAGGAAUUAAAAUUUUCACAUUCUCUAAGAAACUGUUGCGAUGUCGCUCAGAUUAUUUAUGACUUGAAGUUGCCAGUGGAGGCUGAGCUCUCAAGAGUGAAGAAUUUAAAGGAAAAAAUACUUUCAAGAUUGUUCCCGAACACUUUGGAGAUUACAUCUUCAUUAGAAAAUUUGGGCGAGAUUAAAUGGGGAAUGACAGGGAAUGAAGGUAAUGGACAAGACACUCUCAUCCUUGACCAGGAAGAAACACCUGAUGUCAUAAUAGAAGAAAUACUUGAAGACGACUUGGAAGGUUUGACAGAAUUGGUGUUCGUAAGCCAUGUUAUAAAUCCAUGCCAUUUCUAUAUUCGGAAAUAUUCACAGAGGAAGGAAGCAUUUGCUUUGCAAACAAAAUUGGAAAACUUCUGCUGUACUAAGAGUUCCUAUCUCUUUCCUUCAGACAUUUUGGAACUAGGUGCUAGAACUUUCAUUAAGAGUAGGGAAACUGGAAUGUGGUGCCGUGGAACUAUAACUGAACUAAUUCCUGUAGAAAGUAAAUAUCAGAGGAAGAAGCCUUGUGAUCCAAUAAGAUACAAAGUGUGUGAUGUUGCAUUGCUGAAAGUAUUCCUGAUGGAUUUUGGAAGCUCUGUAGUUCUGAUUUUCUCAGGAUGUGAUCCCACUGAAAGGCCUGAUCUUGCUACUCUGCAAACUAUUGAAACCCAUGACAUUUGUCUGUUUGUGAGGAAGCCUGACCAGCACAUUGAGGCAGAGCUUGCAGCCAUUCCUCCCUUAGCAGUACGGUGUUCACUUAAGGAUGUUGUUCCCAAAAAUGAAGAUGAAGGUUGGGGAGAGGAGGCAAAGACAAAAUUUUUAGAAAUGGUAAAUAAUAAAGUUGUUUCAAUGGUGGUGUUCAGAGAAGAGGAUGGUGUUCUCAUUGUGGAUUUGAGAAAACCUCCAUUUAAUGAAGUAAGCAGUAAUGUACCAUUGUCUCUGAAGGAUGCAUUGGUUUUCUUAGAUCUGGCAAGGUUUAAAUUGCAGCUUCCCAGUCAGUUGGAAAAUUGCACCAUCUCACACUACAGUCCACCAAAUAUUCCACGAGAAGGAGAAGAAGUCUUUGUUGUGGUUUGUCACAUUAAUAGUCCAAGUGAUUUCUAUCUCCGCUUGAGAGAGAGUGUGGAAUCUUUAGCUCUUCCAGAGAAAAUUCAGGAGAUAUAUAAACAGGAGAACGGUAAAAACUUGGAAAUUUUCUGCCCAGUUGAAGGCCAAGCCUGCAUUGCAAAACAGGAGGAUGGGAAUUGGUAUAGAGCACAGAUUAUAGGGCUGCCAAGUUGUCGGGAGGUUGUGGUAAAAUACGUUGACUAUGGCAACACUGCUAACUUAACUCAUAAGGACAUACGCAAGGUGAAACAGGAGUUUCUGAGCUUGCCAGAAAAGGCAAUCAGGUGUAGGCUGGCUUGCAUUGAGCCAUUCAAGGGGGCAAAUGAGUGGAACAGAGAAGCCAAGGAAAGAUUUGAAGAAAUGACUGAAGAUAAGCUGAUGUUGUGUUCAGUUAUUGAAAUUUUAGAUAAUAACAUCUUAUCUAUUGAACUCUUCAAUGCCUCUGCUGAUAAUGGGAGAAAAUUUAGUAUUAACUGCCAGCUAGUUGAGGAAGACUUAGCAUCCUACAUACCUGGGUACACUGAAAGAACAGAAGUUAGGCCAAAUGAAAUAUGGGAUGAUCCUCUAGAAGAAAUCUCCAAAGCCUCAGAAGCUCUAAUUCCUAUGGACAUGGAAUCUGUGCAUGAAGGAGAUUUCAGAUCAUUUCAUAACAAGGAGUUACAUGGGAGAAUUAGUCAUGUUGUGUCUCCUAGUAAAAUUUUUGUACAAUUGCUGUUAUCAGAAAGAGUACUGAAAAGUUUACAGGAGGAGAUGGCUUCCUUCUACAAAGAAUCCCAGCCACAGUCUGUGAAGUGGGAGAGUGAAAUGCACUGUGCUGUUUACCUACAUGACGUGGGACAGUGGCAAAGAGGUCAGAUAAGCAGGAUAGUCUCUAAAACAAGUGCAGAGGUACUGCUUUAUGAUUCUGGAGCUGAAGAAACAGUGGAGGUCAGCUGUCUAAGAAAACUUGAGGAAAGCAUGAAGACCAUUAAGGCAUUAGCAAUUGAAUGUUCACUGACAGAAAUAAGGCCCACAGGUGGAAGCACACAGUGGACAGCAACAGUGUGUGAAUGCUUAUCCUAUUACCUAACUGGAGCACAAGUGAAAAUAAUCAUACAGGAAAAUGAUGAGGGCUGUGCAUUGCCUGUGAAAAUUCUUUGCAAAGAUGAAACAGGAAAAAUGACUGAUACUUCUGAAUACCUUAUUGAACAGGGUUUGGCUCUUAGAAACAGAAGACCUGGUAAAGCUGAUGAGGUUUGUUUAGCCUCCAAGGAACAUCUUGAAGUACAUUUCAAGAAGGAGAACACACAGCUGGAUGGUUGUAAUUCCAAAAUUGCAGGUGCAAGAAACAGGACUGUUCCAGAGGAAAAUACCAGUGUUUCAGAGAGUGAACAAAAAUCACUCAACACACACAAGCUACUGCCUCAUUCAGGAAUGGAUGAAGUAUAUAAAUUUCCAAUUGUUCCUGAAGCAAAAAUUUUCCAGGCUGUAGUGAGUUGUAUUGGAGGUGAUGGAACUAUUUAUAUAAUACCAAAAUUAUUUGAAACUGCACUAAACAAAUUGAUGGCUGAAAUACAAAAUACCUUCAAAGGCCUUGGUCUCCUGAUACCCUACUGCUGGAAAAAGGGAGAAGCCUGUGUUGUAAGAGGAUCUGAUACUUUGUGGUAUCGAGCUAAAAUUGUAGAAGUCAGUGGUAGUACUCUCCAGGUACAGUACGUAGAUCGUGGUUACAUAGAGACCAUUCCUCAGUGUCACCUGUAUCCAACUACAUUUUAUACUGGCAUUCCUCCGUUCUGCAUCCCGUGUCAGCUCUACAAGACGCUGCCGAUUGGAAAUUUCUGGCAGCAGGAUGCAGUAGAUUACCUUCAAGAACUUCUCAAAAAUGAAGAGGUUGAAAUUCAUGUUAAGGAAUUGCCAGAUAACCCAUGGGGCAAGUUGUCCAUCAGCCUGUAUUUUGGGGGGAUAUCACUUUCAUCCUUCAUGGCAUACCAGAAGUAUUGUGUUGCUGAAGAUUGCCAGGACAUACAAAAGAUGGGGGUGUUUGAAGGAGACCUUUCACCUUCAUACCUGCUGCAGCCACUGCCUGUUCCUGGAGAAACCUUUCCUGUCACAGUUACUCACUUGGUGUCUCCUAAGGAGGUUUAUAUUUGUCUUGAUUCUUCUGGGAACCUUACAAAGCACUCUGCCACAGAGAGAGCUGCCAGCUGUGACUCAGAGAGCCUUAAUAAAGCCCUGAAGUGGUGCAAUAAAAUUGUAAAGACUCUUCCUCAUCUAACAAACUUCAAAAAAGAACUGCCUUGCCUUGCAGAGUAUGUGGAUGGUUUAUGGUAUAGAGCAAAGCUCCUCUCUGUUACACAGCUUGUUCCUGUUCAGAUUCUGGUUCAGUUUGUCGACUAUGGUACUUACUUAGUUGCCCCAACAAGCAGGUUGCGUCACAUACCUUGUCAUCUGCUGAAGUAUCCAGUUCAAGCAGUACGAGUUCUGUUGGCUGGAUUUAGACCGGCUUCAGAUGACAAAAACGUGGAAAGAAUUCCUUAUUCCCCAGAAUGGAGCCUGAAAGCCUUGUGGACCAUGGUGGACUGUGUAGAAGGAAAGCGUCUCUCUGCUUCCAUACUUACUGUUUCACCAGAGGUUACCAUUUCUUUGUAUGGAGAUGACAAAAAUCUGGUUCAUCUGAAGCUGAUAGAAAUGGGUCUUGCAGAGUUGGAUCAGUGACAUGUUUGUUUGGUGGCAGACAUCUUCACCCAGCACCAGAAACGGAGCAAACAGUUGGGGCUGCAUUACUUUGUUCUGAAAUAUGGUUGCAUUGUUGCUGGUUUCUGUUUUCACUUUCACGUGUUGUUACACCUCUUUCACUUCAGAGUUUGGGAAUAAACAGUUUGGUCAGCAUGCACCUG